CAAAGUCGUCGUCACUGUUCUUCUCUGUUUCUGUGGUGGGACGAGAACCAGCGUAUCCCAGAAAGUACAGCGACAGCGACAGCGCAUUUGCCCUUCUCCUGCCUCCCUCGCUUUCCUAAUUCCUCUUUGAGGAAACCCCAGAUCAGAUUCGGAAAGAAAGGACUCCUCCACAUCUCGCCGUGAUCACAGCCGGUGGAGAUCUUGAGCCCCUGAAGGAGGAUGAAGAGAAAGAGGGACUCGCCAGACGCGGCCACGACGUCCGUUUGUGUCGACGGCGGCGGCCAUUCGUCGUCGUCGUCGUCGUCGGGGGCCGAGUUCGAGGUGUUCUUGAGUUUCAGAGGCCCCGACACCCGCCUCAGCUUCACCGACUGCCUCUACCACUUCAUGGUUGGAGCUGGGAUUCGCGUCUUCAGAGACGACGAGGAGAUCCGAAAGGGCGAGAAGAUUGGAGGCGAGCUACUGCGUGCCAUCGAGUCCUCCAAAAUAUACGUGCCCAUCUUCUCCAGGAGCUACGCAUCCAGUGCGUGGUGUCUCCGGGAGCUCGCGCACAUGGUGGAGUGCAGGCGCAAAGCGGAUGACAAACUGAUCCUACCCAUUUUCUACGACGUGAAUCCCGACGACGUGAAGCUCAAAACUGAAUUGUACGUAGACGCUCUGGAGAAUCACAAGCAGCUUGGCCGUGAUGAUGUACGGAAAUGGGAGGAGGCCCUGAUCGAGGUCGCAAGAAUCAAGGGAUGGAGCUUGAAGAACAGAGGCCAUGGUGAAAUCAUCAACACUAUUAUUGACGAGGUUUUGACUAAGCUGAUGAAAAGGAGGAGAAAUCUGCCCGAUUAUUUAGUCGGGAUUCAUGAUCACAUGGAAGCUAUCAUGGACUUGUUAAACGAAGGUUCUCGUGAUGUUCGUUACCUAGUCAUCCAUGGAAUGGGUGGUAUCGGUAAGACAACUCUCGCAAGUGCUGUCUUCAAUCGAAUCUCUAAUCAAUUUCAAGGUUGUAGCUUCCUCUUGGACAUUCGCGAAUCCGCGCAGCAUGGUAGAAUUAUUGACGUACAAAAACAGUUCUUAUCAGAAACUCUCCAAGGCAGCUCUCCAAAGAUCCACGAUUCCGUUGAUGCAGGGAUUGCCGUAAUUGGAGAAAGGUUUCGUGAUAAGAAAAUUCUCCUUGUUCUUGAUGACGUGGAUAAGUGGGACCAACUCGCUAAACUAGCAGGAAAGAGCCAUUGGUUUGGUCCAGGAAGCAGAAUCAUCAUUACAACGAGGGACAUCAACUUUUUGCCAAUCAAAGAGGAGGACGAAGAGAGUAAUUUCCAAGCACAUUUUGAACAGUUUAAAAUAUAUGAAAUGACGGAAAUGGAUACUUUCUAUGCUCUUCAGCUUUUUAGUAAACAUGCUUUCAGGAUGGAUUUUCCACCAGAUGACUAUGAUGAUAUCUCACGCAAAAUUACUAGUAAAACGGGUGGACUUCCACUAGCUCUCGAGGUUAUCGGUUCCUCACUUUGCUGCAAAAGCAAAAAGUUUUGGAAAGACACGUUGAAGAAGCUAGAUUUGAUACCCAGGCAGGAAGUCUUCGAUAAAUUAAAGAUCAGCUAUGACAUGUUGGUGUGUCAUCAGAAAGAGAUCUUUCUUGACAUCGCAUGCUACUUCAUUGGAAAAGAAAGACUCCACCCGUACUAUAUGUGGAAAGCUUCCAACUAUUUCCCAACAAGUGAAGUACUUGUCCUUACUCGUAUGUCUUUGAUAAAGAUAGUAAAAAAUGAUACACUGUGGAUGCAUGACCAACUUAGAGAUCUUGGAAGAGAAAUUGUUCAACGCGAGGACGUCAAUGUUCCAGGGAAGCGUAGCAGGUUAUGGGUACCCAAGAUUGCCUUGGACGUGGUUCGGAUGAAAGAGGGGACAGACAAAGUGGUAGCACUCCGACUAACGGGACACUCAAAAGUGUACAACUUCACUAGUGAAGAAUUUUCAAAGCUGCCCAAUCUAAGAUUCUUGGAAUUUGAGGGUGGGAACUUAGAAGGGGAUUUUAAGAAUCUUCUCUCCAAGUUAAAAUGGCUCUCUUGGAGUGAUUGCCCUUCGAAAUUAAACGCGACGAAUUUAUGUCUUGAGAAACUAGCCGUGCUCGAGCUUUCUGGAAGUAACAUUACUGAAGAUUGGGACGGAUGGGGGCCAUGCCUGGUGAGCGAGAACUUGAAGGUUAUACAAAUCACCCAUUGCCCAAGCUUAAAAAGGACUCCCGAGUUCUUAAAAUGCAUGAAUUUGAAGAGAUUGGUUCUCCAAGGUUGUACAACCUCACUAGUGGUUGAUGGUUCUCUCUCGAAACUAGAGCACCUUAAGCACUUGCAAAUCAAACCGAUGGGUCCUCUCAAGAGAGAUGAUUGCAACCUUUUUGCUGUACCUUCUAUAUUAGGUGAUCUAAAAUCCCUCACAACGCUAAAAAUAGAAGGGACGCCAGUUCGAGAACUUCAUCAUUCCGCUGGAGAGAUGAAGAGUCUGGAGUAUUUGUCUUUAGCAACUUGUUGUUUGCUUACAACACUUCCAGACUCUAUCGGAAAAUUGGAAUCACUGCUUGAGUUGAAAUUGGAUAACACGGGAAUCACAGGAUUACCUGAUUCUAUUGGAGAUCUUAAAAUGUUGAGGAAGAUGAGUCUUGUUCAGACUCGGAUAAAGAAGCUACCGAACCAAAUAGGAGGGCUACAAUCCUUGCUUGACCUAGAUUUGAGGGCAACCAAUAUCACAGAAUUACCUUCUUCUAUUGGGAAUCUCAAAAGGUUGGAGAUUUUACGUCUAGACGGGACGGCAAUACGAGAGCUACCAAGGGCCAUAGGGAUGUUGGAGAAUCUUAAAGAGUUGAAAGCCCGAUGUUGUCAAAAUUUAGAGCAGGGAAUUCCUAGUGAAAUUGGGGGUCUAUCCUUUUUGAGGAUGCUAGACCUAACAAGCAGCAAGAUUAGGAGAUUGCCCACAACUAUGGAUCAACUUUCUCAUCUCCAACAACUUUGUCUAUAUGGGUGUGAUAAAUUUGAACAAUUUCCAGAGCUCCCCACGAGUUUGAAGGAGUUGGAGUUCUCACCUCAUUUAUUGUGGACCACCAUUGACCUCUCAUACCUAACUACCUUAGUCAAUCUUCAUAUACGUGAUAAUGAUGACACUCCUCUGUUGUCCGAAUUCAGACAUGGAGCUCCAAAGAUAGAGUGGAUCGAGGGGUUAUCUAGUCUGGAGAGAUUGACACUUGUCGUGAGAGAUGUCACUUUUCCUCAAAUUAAUUUGGCUACUCUUUCUCGGCUUCGUGUACUUAAGAUUACUUGUGUUGACCCCCGAUCUCUAUUGGGGCUUCCAUCCAGUCUCGAAAAAUUGUCUCUAUUCGAUGUCGAGUCGCCGAUGGAAAUGUCCCUCUUUUCCAACUUGACAAAUCUGUCCAGUUUGGACCUUUGUAAAUGUCAUUUGAAGGAGGUCGAAUUUGAUGAUGUGCUUGGACAACAGCUCGUGAAACUCCAUAAUUUGGAGGUGAGCGAUAGUGAAUUGCUUGAGAGGCUAUCCGUAUCAAGAUUAAAGGGGCUCCAAUCGUUGAGAGUGUUUGAUUGCGAAUGGAUAAUGGAGAUUAGAGGUGUGGAGGAAUUGGGAUCGCUAGAGACAUUAAAUAUUCACAGAUGCAGUUGCUUGGGAAGGUUGCCUGAUCUAUCAGAAUUAAAGGAGCUGCGGCUAUUGAGUCUCUCGUACUGUCCAUUGCAAAAUUUGCCUGCUUUACGACUUCAAGACACGUGUCUUUUGGCAGUUCAAGAAUGCGGGAUUUCGCCUGGUUUUGCUGGCGAUUACAAAAAAUGGAAGGAUACUUACAGUCAUAGUGGGGACGAUACCAACAGCCAACUCUAGAAAGAAAGAAACAUCUCAUAUUCUCUUAUAGUUGUGCAGGAGAGAAGAAGGUCCUUCAAGGAAGGCAGAGUCAUCGGAUAAUGAUUUGUGGAAGCACGAGGGUUAAUUGUUGGAGUAAAUGGGCAAGCUGGAAGCUCGAUUGGAGAGCUCAACAGCACAAAAUAUAACAGAUCGGAAUACUGCAAGCUUUCGAGGGCUAAACAUGUGAUGUAUUCGUUAAAUUGAUCCUUUACUUCCUUUGAUCCAUUGAGUACAUCCGACUAGUCCUGCAGAUACUGUCAAAAUGACUACUGGAGUGGCAUAUAUUUCAGAGUACAGGGAGAAGUUCGGAGUGACCGGCUGGGGAACGAAGUACCGAUAACUUACUGCAUAGAAGCGAAAUUUCUGGAUGGCUCAAAUCACAAUUCUUAUUUCAAAAUACAAAAUGGUGGAGAGGCAGCAACCAUUUCUCUUGAUUGGAGAUAAUGAGUGGAUACAAGACUCAACCAAUUAUCCAGGAUCAAAGAAGAUACUUUAGUUGUUAAGAAUUGUCUCACAGCAGUGUCUUGAUUCAAUCUGGCUAUGAGAUCUUCCAUGUCUGUUGUUGUUCUGUAGAUAACCUUUCUUGCACAGUUGUAAGAACUCUGUUCAACUUUGCCGUUCUUCUGAUGGAAGAGGGACAUCUAAGUCCCACCGGGAACUGUAACCUUGCGGUGGCAGGAUUUUGCACGUCGAAUUCGGGAUUGUACAUAGUGCUGUUUGCAAUGGGAUUAAAUGCAGCUCCUUCGCUCCCUUUUCCGGAGCUUAAGUCGCUACAAACACUUUCUGAUGAUAGUCUUCGAGCGUGAAUGACAUGACUUCCUGUUAGUGA